CUCAUAGCCGCAAUUCCAUCGAUUUGAGAGCUUUUCGUGACUGUACAUCUGUCAAGCACAAUUAUUGGUCAAUUUAACCAACGAAUCAGCUUGUACCGUCAUAAACCCAAUCCGAAGAUAAUCCUACCUACGAGUACCUUACAAUGGAUUCCAAUCACGACCUGAAGAUCACACUUAUUGGUACUGGAACGAUCGGCCUGUCCUUUGCUGUAUUCCAUCUCACUCAUUUAAAAUCGCCAUCGCAGCUUACAAUAUAUGACACACGACCGGAUCUUGAAAAGUACAUCCAAGAUACUCUUCUCAGCUUCUACUCAAGUUCAUCACCCCCCAUCCCAGCCAUCUCUGAAAUCAACAUCGCGCAAUCCCUCAAAAGCGCCGUUGAAGGCGCACACAUAAUCCAAGAAUCCGGACCCGAAAACCUGCCAUUCAAGACAGCUUUGUGGAAAGAAGUCGAACAACAUGCCACUAAAGACGCCUUGCUCUGGAGCUCAACAAGCGGCAUACCCGCGAGUCAGCAAAGCCGGGAAAUGCAAGAUACGUCAAGGCUCCUCGUUGUCCAUCCAUACAACCCGCCGAACAUAAUGCCGCUGCUGGAGCUCGUACCUUCGCCUGAUACCAGGGCUGAGCUUAUUGAGCGUACGCAGGAGUUUUGGCGUGCGAGAGGUAGGGUGCCGGUGCAUAUUAAGAAAGAGGUCACGGGGUUCGUAGCAAAUCGACUGGCAUUCGCACUCCUUCGUGAAGCUAUUCAUCUUGUAGAUGCUGGUGUCGUCACAGUUGCUGAGGUUGAUGAUAUCGUUCAGAACUCCAUGGGCCCUAGGUGGGCGGUUGCCGGGCCUUUCAAGAGCUAUCAUGCUGGAGGUGGUGCUGGUGGUCUAGAAGGUUUCUUCAAGAAUAUAGGAGGUACCGUUCAAGGUUGUUGGGAUGAUGCAGGUCGGGCAAAUGUGGGUGAAGAAUGGGAGCAAAGGAUUUUCAGGGAGGCAGAGCAGUCGUAUGGUUCUGUUGACACAACAGAAAGAGAUAUGAUCACAAGGAGGGUACUGGAAGCUGUUAAAUUAGAGAAGCAGACUAGCAAAGAUGAUUAGAUUUCUUCAGAUUCCGAAUGUCAACGAAUCAAUUUUGCAAC